UCCAUGCGGGCGCCAUCUUGGGAAAACUGAACUCUCGCGUGAAACGUUGUUGCCCGGAACAGGCGUUGUGCACGUGAUAUGUGAAUGCAUCAGAAGCCGAGAGAAAUGAAGGUGUGCGCCAGUACAGCAGGUGGCGGUAUGCAUCUUUACAGUGGGUUUGAAAUCCGCCAGUAAACCCACAAAAGAAGAAGGAAGCCGUGCAUAGUGAAGAGAAGAAAAUGGUUCGUGUUUGCGCUUUUCCCGGCUGCGGUAAGAAAAUGAAGCACUAUAAUCCGGAAAGUUUUCACAGACUUCCACUGCAGCACAACGAUACAUUGAAGCAGUGGCUGGUCAUAUUACACAUAGAUGUCGAAACACCGGUAAAACUGCUGCGAGAGAAGGACUACCGUGUCUGCAGUAACCAUUUCAAAAAGGACGACUUCGUCGUAACCAGAAGAACCUCCAAUCCUCCCAGAAGACAUCGCCUCAAGAAAAGUGCUGUACCGAGAGCCGAGAGACCUGUUGCUGAUCAUGUGAAUGAGACACGUGGUUCUGAACCCUCUGCUCCACAAAUUAUGUCACACCUAGCUGCACUCCCACAGUCUACCCCAAAGAAGUUCCAACAUGCAGAAAGGUACGGUCAACCACCUUCCUUCAGAUUUUUGAAAUCAGCUCCUGAGCAUGCUUCAGUCAGGCCACGUACAACACCAACGUCAGCAACAUGGCAACUGACAGAGGAUAUGGGUGCAGAAUCAAUAUCAUAUUGGAGUCCUACCCACGCAGGCAGUGAAGCUAUGUCACACGACGUGGAUUGUUGUGAAACUUCAGUCUUUGUGAGUGAUGGGAGCUCCACAGACAGUCUGGAUUCAGUGACCAUCCACCAAGAUCAGCUACUGAUGGACAGACAGCUCUCAUCCGGUCCCACACAGGACUCAGAGCUGGGUCUCACUUUACUCUGUUACAGCGAGUCAGACAGCGAUCCGGAGGAUGAAUCUAAUGAUAAAACCACCACAGAGUCUCAUGAUAUCGUCUGUAACGCUAAAGAACAGAAGGAGAUCCUGCAGACCACAGAGAAGACGUCUACAGUCAAACUGGAGGAUUGCACGAACCUGAUGGAGAUAAAAAUAGAAACUAUAGAAGUGGAACAUAACACUGAUGAUGAUGAAGAUGAAGAAGAUAAGGAUAAGUGUUAUGAUGAGGAUGAUGAUUUUGUUCCCUCAGGUGACAAUCACUGUAUUCCUUCAGAUGACAUCAAUGAAUCUUCUGAUGAAGCAAAAACGCACAAGUGUCCAUACUGCAAGAAGACAUUUUCUGAUGCGUUGAAGGUUAAGUCACAUGUGCGUCUACACACCGAAGAAAAAACGUAUCAGUGCAGCGUAUGUGGAAAAACCUUUAGGCUUUUACGUUCUUUGAGGGCCCACGAAAUAACACACAGGGAGCAGAAACCCUUUCCAUGUUCACACUGCGAUAAACGUUUUGGUACUAAACAUCGUGUGAUGGUCCAUGAGAGAGUUCACACCGGAGAGAAACCGUACCUCUGCCAAGACUGUGGGAAGAGCUUCUCUAAAUCUCAUUCUUUUAGAGUUCAUCUGAGAGUUCACACCGGAGAAAAACCUUAUCAGUGCUCGCAAUGUGAAAAGAGCUUCGCGCGUCCCGAGGCCUAUAGGCUUCAUCGGCGAGCUCACACUGGAGUUAAACCUUAUCAGUGUAGUUUUUGUGGGAAGAGUUUCACUCGACGGGACAAUUUGGCGACACAUCAGAGAAUUCAUACGGGAGAAAAACCUUACAAGUGCACUCAGUGUGAUUUGGGAUUUACACAAGCAGUUCUCCUGAGACUCCAUCAGAAAAAACAUACUGGAGGAAAAGAUGUGGAUUGUUGUGAAACUUCAGUGUAUGUGACUGAUGGGAGCUCCUCAAAAAGUCUGAAUUCAGUGAGCACCGAACAAGAUCAGACACUGGUGGACAAACAUCUCUCUGAAGAGACAACCGGUCCAACACAGGAAUCAGAACUCAGUCUCACUUUACUUUGUUAUAGCGAAUCAGACAGUGAUCAGGAGGAUGAAUCUACUGAACAAACCACCAAAGAGACUUACAAUAUUGUCUGUAACGCUGAAGAACAGCAGGAGAUCCUGCAGACCACGCUGAAGACGUGUUCAGUCCAACUGGAGGAUUGCAGGAACCUGAUGGAGAUAAAAAUAGAAACCACUGAUGAUGAUGAUGAAGAUGAUGAUGAUAAAGAAGAUAAGCGUGAUGAUGAAGAUGAUGAUGAUUUUGUUCCUUCGGAUGAGCCUUAUGAUGACGAUAAUGAUCACUGUAUUCCUUCAGAUGAGAUCAAUGAAUCUUCUGAUGAAGAAAAGCCACACAAGUGUCGAUACUGUAAAAAGAGAUUUUCCAAUAAAAGUCAGCUUAAGUCACAUAUGAGUUUACACACCACGGAGAAACCGUAUCAAUGCAGUGUAUGUGGAAAAACUUUUAAGGUUUUACGUUCUUUAACCUUACACGAACUAAUACACAGUGAGAAGAAACCCUUUCCAUGUUCACACUGUGAUAAAGGUUUCAAUAACAAACAUAGUCUAACACGACAUAUUAGAAUUCACACUGGAGAGAAACCUUUCCUCUGCCAACACUGCGGGAAGAGCUUCUCUAAUAAAAACGGUUUCAGAAUGCAUCAGAGAGUUCACACCGGAGAAAAACCUUAUCAGUGCACUCAAUGUGAAAAGAGCUUCGCACGUUAUCAGGCCUUUAAGCUUCAUCAACAAGUUCACACUGGAGUAAAACCUUACCAGUGUGAGUUUUGUGGGAAGAAUUUCACUCGACAGGACAAUUUGGCAACACACCGGAGAAUUCAUACGGGAGAAAAACCUUACAAGUGCACUCAGUGUGAUAAAGGAUUUACACAAGCAGUUCUCCUGAGACUCCAUCAGAAAAAACAUACUGGAGGAAAACUUUAACAUCUGUAGAGAUAUUCAAUCAUGUAAGACAUUUUAAAAGACUGAAAAGAAGAAACAUGCUGAAGAACAGACCGAAAAAAAAAUCAUGGUUACAAACAUUUUACAUUUGUAGAAGACUUUGUAUUUUCUGUACUGUAUUAAAAAUAAUAGCAGAUUUAAUUGGAUUCAAUUAAAACUCUAAUGUAUUUGUUGUUUGUUUUUUCUACAUUUCUUGUUCUGUGACAUUAAUAAUGUGAUAUUGGUAUUUUUUAUACAUAUAGUUAAUUUUAUACUUAUACAUUAUAAAUACAUUUUUUGUUCACCCGGAAAGUUUUCUUUACAGCAAUUGAGCGUAAGUACAUGUAUAUUCAUAAAUAAUAACAAAUAUUCUGGGAAUGAUCCCCAUUCUUGAUUGUAAAUGUUGUGCUGUUAUCUAUCAUUCCUCUAAAUAAAAAAAACC